GGCAGGCCCCGCCCUCCUGCCCCCCCUCAUGGCACUGCGGAGCCUCGCCCUCCUGGCUGGCCUUCUGCUGGGAGUUGCCAGCAAGUCCACGGAAAGCAUGGCCCAGGAGCCCGAGUGCUGUGUGGGUGUGGAUGUGGUGGACAUCAAUGCCACCUGCCCGGGCACAAGUCUCUGUGGCCCAGGCUGCUAUAGGCGCUGGAACGCGGACGGCAGCGCCAGCUGCAUCCGCUGCUGGAACGCAACCUCUCCGGCCCACAACAGCUCCGAGUGCAGAAGCCUCACCAGCCGGGGCACGCCACUCCCCAUGAACAGGAGCACGGGGAGCCCUGGACGGCCACAUUUGGGAGGUCCUCAUGUGGCAGCCUCCCUCUUCCUGGGGACACUCUUCAUCAGCUCCGGCCUCAUCCUCUCCGUGGCUGGGUUCUUCUACCUCAAGCGCUCCAGCAAGCUCCCCAGGGUCUUCUACAGGAGAAGCAAAGCCCCGGCCCUGCAGCCCGGCGAAGCCUGCGGAAGCCACGCUAUGUCAGGCGCGAGCGGCCCCCGGACAGGGCCACGGACCCCACUGCCUUCUCCUCGGUGGAGGCCCGAAUUAGCAACGUGUGACCUGCAGGACCUGAUGGCACCACCUGCUGCUCAGCACACGAAGGGCCGGUGCUGCCCGGGGCUGGAUGGGCCUGGACACAGCCAGAUCGGUGCUGAGUGGGCAUCUGGCCACCUGGAGGUCCCGGCUUCCCUCCCACAGCUUCGUGGUUUCAGGGACAGGAGCAGGUGUCUGUGGGGCCUCGGGGCUGGGAGUGAGGCCGUGGGGGUCUGGGCCCCCUGGGGAGACACAGCGAGGCCCCCGCACCUGCAGCCAAGAUGCAGGCCGAUCCAAACGGCCAAACCUGCACGGCCUUCAGGGUCACCGGGCUACUCCAGGGGCUCAGCCGCUGUGCCCUCCGGAGCCCUGUGGACAGGCCCCUGCAGCAGCACCACGUGCGGACCACACCCCUCCAGGAGCGGCGGGAGCAAGUGUCCUGGCUUCCUGUUGGCCUCCUUCUGUUUUUAAGCAGAAAAGUCCUCUAGGCUCUGCUGUCCCUCUGAUCCCCAUGCCUGGGCCAGGUAGGCCCAUCCUCAUCCACCCAGGGAUGGGCUCUGCAACUGCCGGGGCUCAAGGCCGGGCACCCACAGGGACGUGGGCACCACGGCCGUCCGCAUCCACACCCCACAGGUCACAGGCCUGGCUGGUGGCCCAAGUCCCAGGGUCCUGCCAGCUGCCCAGGCCACCAGCUACUGCUUCCACGCAUCUCUGGUGUGCUGGCUGCAGGCAGCCCUUGGGUUCCCGUGGAGAAAGGCGCCUUGGUGGCCACCGUCUGCACCCUGGCUUGGCGCUCAGCUGUGGGUCCCAGGUCCUCUGCUGCUACCGGCAUCAUCUCUUUUAAAGUCUGGUCCACAUCUGAGGGUGGCCUGACUGGGGGCCCCACGCUCCUCUGCCGUGCUGAGCUCCCCAAGACUCGGGCUGGAGGUCCGGCGGUGGGUGGGAGUGCCCAUGCAAAGGCGC